UUUCCUUUCACCCUAUAAACUGAUCUUUCAGUUUCAGACGUGUCUUUGAAUCAAUACGAUUUCAUAUAUCAGUCUGAGAAUUUUUGUCCUUCACUGUCUGAGCUUUGAAUCUGUUAGUACUCUAAUGUGACAAAGAGAUUGUAUAACAGCCUUUCUAGCAGCGACAAGGAUAUGCCUCCCCCCACAAGGAUAUGCCUCUCCCCACAAAGAUAUGCCCCUUGAGAAAGAUCUCCUCCAUCCCUCUCCAGAAGAGAAGAGGAAACACAAGAAGAAGUAAUUGGUGCAGAGCUUUGAUUCCUACUUCAUGGCCAGGAAAUGCCCAGGAUACUAUAAAAUCACCACCAUUUUUAGCCAGGCACAAAUGGUAGUCUGUAUGUUGACUCUUUCAACUGUCCUCUGCCAACCUACAGGAGGAAAAGUUACAGAAGGAUGCUCCUUCAGACAGAAACAGCACUAAAAACACCCUGAGUCGAGAUGAGUGGGAAAGCAUCCUA